AUGACAUUUCCUUAUCAGUUUGUAAAGCUUGCAGAUAAGGAAGAGCUUUUGACUGCCUAUAAGGGCAAGAAGGUGGAUGAAUUGCCAACACCCGGCUUUGUCGUCAGUCUUCAGAAGGUAAAAGACAAUUGUAGGAGCAUGUUUCAGAGUGUGGCAUCGCUUGGAUUUGACUUUCGCCCUCAUGUUAAGACGCACAAAACUAUAGAAGCCACCCUCUUGGAGUUAGGCCAAGGAACCGAAUUUCAUACGGAUAGAAUUGUUGUUUCCACAUUGAUCGAGGCGUGGAAUUUGCUUCCAUUAUGUAAGAAAGGACUCAUAAAUGACAUUUUGUUCAGCAUGCCUGUUGAGCAAUCAAGAUUGGGAGAGUUGGCCAAAUUAUCAGAAUCAGUUAAGCAUUUGCGAAUCAUGGUUGACAAUUACGAGCAAAUCGGAUCUUUAGUAAAAUACAACCGUGAGCACAAGCCUUUGAAAAAAUGGUCUGUGUUUAUUAAAAUUAACAUGGGAUCAGACCGUGCUGGGUUUGUUCUAGAAUCAUCAGCGCUGAGGAAAACUAUUGAGGCAAUUACACACGGAAAUGAAUCUAAUGAUGUGGAAUUAUUCGGCUUUUACUGCCAUGCCGGACACUCAUACGGCUGUCAUAGUGUUGAGGAAGCCAAGAAUAUUUUGAUUGACGAAAUCAAUAGCGUCAAUGCUGCAUGCAAAAUUGCUAAAAAAAUCGACAGUUCAAUUUCGGACGAUCUUAUACUUUCUAUUGGUGCUACACCUACCGCCCAUGUUAUAGACUCAUUUGAUGAAAAAUUGUUAGACGACAAACUACUUGGUAAGGUGGAACUGCAUGCCGGAAAUUAUGCGUUUUGUGAUCUACAACAGGUGGGUACCAAUUGCUGUAGGUAUGAAGAUGUGGCAUGCCGUGUUCUUGGCGAAGUUGUGUCUUCAUACCCAGGAAGAGGUUCAGUAAAGCCGGGGGAAGGACUCGUGAAUGUUGGAGUGCUAGGAAUAGGACGCGAGACAGGUGCAGUUCCUGGUUUUGGCCAUAUUGGUUGUCCUGAAAAGUAUAGAAAUUGGAUUCUUGGACGUAUAAGUCAGGAACACGGCGUUCUAACCGUUUUAGAUUGUGCAAAACAGACAGAACUAAUUCCGAUUGGAACGAGAGUCUUGAUAUAUCCUCAGCACACAUGCAUCGCUGCCGCUUGCUAUCCAUGGUAUUAUGUUGUUGAUGGAAAUGGUGAAAUAACAAACGAAAAUCGUGUCAUUGAUAUAUGGGUUCCUACGAGAGGGUGGUAA